AUGUAUGUCAUAAAGAGAGACGGCACCCAAGAAAAGGUCUUUUUCGAUAAAAUUAGUUCUCGUAUCAACAUUUUGUGCGAAGGUCUCGAUGAGAACUUUGUAGAUCCUCCCAAGAUUUCACAAAAGGUAGUUUCUGACAUGUAUCCUGGUAUCACUACUGUGCAAUUGGACAAUUUGGCCGCCGAGAUUGCUGUCGAUAUGACAGGCAUUCAUCCUGAUUAUGCUGUUUUGGCUGCUCGUAUCUCUGUUUCCAACUUGCAAAAGGAAACCCAUGAUAAAUUCUCGGAUGUUAUGCAAGAAUUGUACAACAACAAGCAUCCCAAGACUGGCGUGCCCAAUCCAUUGAUCUCCAAGGAGUUCUUGGACAUGGUAUUGAAGAAUGCUGACAAGAUUAAUGCUGCGCUUGACUAUCAACGUGAUUUCGACUUCAACUACUUUGGCUUCAAGACACUCGAGCAAAACUAUCUCAUGAAGAUUGGUGAAAAGGUGGUCGAACGUCCCCAACAUAUGAUGAUGCGUGUUGCCCUUGCUAUCCACGGCGAAGAUUUCGAAUCUGCUUUCAAGGCCUAUGACUAUACCUCUCGCAAGCUCUACACUCAUGCUGGCACUACUCUUUUAAAUGCUGGUACUCUCAAUGGUCAGCUCUCUAGCUUUUUCCAAGUUCAAAUGAAGGAGGACAGUAUUGAAGGUAUCUAUGACACUGUAGCCACUUGUGCUCGUAUCUCCAAGGCUUCAGGCUCCGUUGGUAUGAGUUUCCAAAAGAUCCGUGCCUCUGGUUCCUACAUUGCAGGUACCAAUGGUACAUCUAACGGUAUUAUUCCCAUGUUGCGUGUAUUCAAUGAUGCUGCUCGCUUCAUUACUCCUGGCGCUAGAAAGGUAAAGGGCACUUACGCUGUCUAUCUCGAACCCUGGCAUGCCGACAUCUUUGAGUUCAUUGAUCUCUCAAAGAACUCUGGUGAAGAGAAUCUCCGUGCCCGUCAUCUCCUUCUUGGUCUCUGGAUCCCUGACAUUUUCAUGAAGCGCGUUGAGGAGAAUGGGGAUUGGUCCUUGAUGUGUCCUAACGAGUGUCCUCGUCUUGAUACCACUUAUGGUAAGGAAUUUGAAGAACUCUAUCUUGGCUACGAAAAGGCUGGAAAGGCUAGAAAGACCGUCUCUGCUCAAAAGCUGUGGUUCUCCAUCUUGGAUGCUCAAAUUGAAAGUGGUAUGCCUUUCAUGUGCUAUAAGGAUGCUGCCAAUGAAAAGAACAACCAAAAGAAUCUUGGUGUCAUCUCUGGUUCUAAUCUUCAUGCUGAUAUCAUGCAAUACUCUGACGCUGAUGAGGUUUCUUCCACCAACAUUGCCUCCAUCGCUCUCCCCAAGUGCGUUGAUGCUCAUACCCGUACGUUUAACUUUGAUACACUUCACGAUAUUGUCAAGGUUGUCGUCCAAAAUUUAGACAAGAUGAUUGACGUCAACAAGUACGUUUUGGAAGAGGCCAAGAGCAGUGCUCUCAAGCACAGAGCUCUCGGUUUGGGCGUUCAAGGUUUGGCUGAUGUCUUUUUGAUGAUGCACUAUCCCUUCGAUUCUCCUGAUGCACGCCAAUUGAACAAGGACAUUUUUGAAUCCAUCUACUUUGCUGCUCUCGAAGCUUCCAACGAAUUGGCUCAAAAGAAUGGCGCUUAUCCCUCUUAUGAAGGCUCUCCUAUCAGUCAAGGUAUCCUACAACACGACCUGUGGAAUGUGGAAGGUUCUGAGCGUCUCGAUUGGGCUACUCUUCGCGCCAGCAUCAAGGCUUAUGGUGUCCGUAACUCUGUUCUCGUUGCUCCUAUGCCUACUACUACCACCAGCCAGUUCCUCGGCAACAAUGACGGUAUUGAACCCUAUCAAAGUAUGAUCUUUACCCAUCGCGCUGCCAGUGGUGAGUGCCAUGCUGUCAAUCCUCAUUUGCUCAAGGACUUGAUUGACCGUGGUAUGUGGGGCCCUCAAGUCAAGGAUAUGUUGACUCAAUCCAACGGCAGUGUUCAAAAGCUUCCCUUGAUUUCUGAUGAUCUCAAGAAGCUCUACAAGACUGUUUGGGAAAUCUCUCAACGUGUCAUCAUUGACAUGGCUGCUGACCGUGCUGCUUUUGUGGAUCAAUCACAAUCACUCAACCUGUUCUCUGCUGAUCCCAACUACAGCCGUCUCUCAUCUAUGCACUUUUACUGUUGGAAGAAGGGAUUAAAGACUGGUAUGCAGUAUCUCAAGACAAGUCCUCUUGAGGCCAUGAGAUUGACCAUGGGUGAAGAAGCCAAGGAGGAAAUUGAAGAGGAAAUUGAAAAGACUGCUGAGGAUUUGGCCGCUAUUGCUUGCUCUCUUGAAAACCCUGAAGCUUGUGUCAGCUGUAGUGGAUAA